GUGCGGCAGAUGGAGGCCCAGGCCAAGCACGACCUGGAAGUGGCCUACAACGAGAAGGACACCGCCACCAAGGAAGCCUCGACUGUCCAUGAGGCCAGUACGAAGAUUCGAGCCCUCGAGAACGAGAAGACCCGUCAGAUCGCCAUUGCCAAGCAGGAAGCCGCAAAUGCUCAGCAAAUUGCAGCUAGUGCUGCAGCGGAGAAGCGCCACGCAGAUGCCGAGAUCGCCUCCGUGGCGGGCAUGGUCCGGGAGGGCAAGGCGGCCGAAGCCAAAGGCCAAGCGAUGAUGAAGGAAGCCAGCCAACAGCAGGCUAAACUCACGGAGACACAGAAGGAUGCCGAGAAGGCAAAAGAAUCCGCCGAGGCGAGCUUGGCGAAG